GGCCGGGAGCCGGCCGAGGGCGCGAUGGGCGCCGCGGGACUCGAGGCGGAGCUGCAGCCGCCGCCGCCGCCGCCCCCGCGGGAGCCCUGAAAGAGGAGCCGCGCUGGAUGCUGCCGCCCCGGCCCAGAGGGGACCCUUCUUUCUCAGCCUUCCCUUCAUUGAUUGUAGGAGACGUUUCUGGGCCGGCCACCUUGUCCUGUCGGUCCGUUUCACACCCCAUCGGGUUCGGUGAGACUGUGCGCUGCAUCAAGGGCCUCUUUUCGAUUGAUUCGAACCUCCGUAGGUGAUUCUGCCUUUUGUCGGCAGGCCGGUUGGACAGCCCACAAUUUCUUUCCUCUAAGGGGGGGGGGACAAAAUGGCCGCCACGCAAGAAGUGCCUCCGCCAGCGUUGGGCCUCCAUUUUUUGUACCCUUUGGAAGAAACGAUGGCACCAAGGGUGAAGAUGGAGGAGCCUGGACCGCCGUGCCCUGAAGCAGGGUGGGAAUGGGACGCCGCGGGGAAAGCCCCCCUUGUUGUCCAGGCAGGUACGAUUAGCGACCUGCUGAGGUGGGCUACCCCUCCCCAGGUGAGGAGUGAACCGAUACCACAGCUGUGGGAGGUUCAGUGCCAGGAGAUGGUACAGACCCUGCGGACGCCGGCGGAAGUAGUGCAAGCCCCUGUGCCCGUACCACCCCCGCCCCCUGCCUGGGGCAACCUCCAACUCCCCGAACUUGCGCCCGUGGACGACAUUGAGGCCUACCUAUCGUCCUUUGAGCGGGCGGCGGAAACUUGCCAGUGGCCGAGAGGGGAGUGGAUGAGCCGCCUCAUGCCGGCCCUCAGCGCGAAAGCCCAGCCCCCUCAUAACGGCCUGGAUGCCCGGGGCAGCCGGAGCGACCACCGAAAGUCCAAAUCUUCAAGCCUGCGGGGGGAGGCCGGCGCCAGCGUGGAGAUGCAGCGCCAGCGGUUCCGGCAGUUCCGUUACCAGGACUCGGAAGGCCCGCGGGAGGCUUGCCGGAGGCUCCGGGAACUGUGCCGUCGUUGGCUGAAGCCGGAGAGUCGCACGAAGGAGCAAAUCUUGGAGCUGCUGAUCCUGGAGCAGUUCCUGACCAUCUUGCCCCAGGACGUCCAGAGCUGGGUGUGGGAACGAGGCCCAGAGACGUGUGCCCAGGCGGUGGCCUUGGUGGAAGGAUACCAUAUGGGGCGUCGAGAGGCAGGGAUGUGGGAGCAACAGGUUACCGUGCGGGUCAAAGUCGAGCAGGUAAGCCCACAACAGAUGCUUUUGCCCGGAGUGCCGUGGGAGCCUUCAGCUCCACUCCUGCCCCAUCCAGAGUGCAUAUCGUUGGCAGAAGGGACACUAAACCAGCCUGCCCCAGGCCCUGCUCUCAAGAUGCCUUGCAUCCCCAAACAAGAACCCAGAGGCCUUCAGGAAACAGCAGGUGCCCUGAUGUCCAAUGGGAUCCGAGAAGAGAACCCCCUGCAGGGGAGUCCUAUGGAAGUGGGAAUUCCAUCGGGGAAUUCCCAGGAGAAUGGGUUGGCUGAGAAUCGCGGGGAGCGAGGGAGUCAGCAGGGCGAGGAGAGAUGCGGCCAGACAGGAGAGAACCCAGGCCCGCGCCCUAGUCCCAUCCGAGUCCCUCACCCGGCAGGGAAGCCCCUCCACCGGUGCUCGGAAUGUGGGAAAACGUUUAGCCGCAACUCGCACCUGCUCACCCACCAGAGGAUCCAUACAGGGGAAAAACCCCACCAGUGCCCGCAGUGCGGCAAGCGUUUCGGUCAUACCUCCCAGCUGACUCGGCAUCAGAGGACCCACGCCUCGGAGAGACCCUUCCGGUGCGUUCAGUGCAGCCGCAGCUUUUACCAGAGCUCCGAGCUGACCCGGCACCGGGUGUCCCAUGCGAGGGAUCGCCCGUACGGGUGCAGCCAAUGCGGAAAGAAGUUCCGCUGGAGUUCCGAUCUGAUCCGGCACCAGAUCACCCACACAGGAGAGAGACCAUAUAAGUGCCCUGAGUGUGGGAAGAAGUUCGGCCAGAACUCGCACCUGGUUCGACAUCGCAGAACCCACACGACUUAGCCGAGAACUUCCCCGAUGGAAGGAAAUCCAUGUUUCUCGGGCGCCCAGAGUUCGCCGGGGGCUGAAGUGUGGACCUGAACUCGCCGCCAAGCUCAGCGGUGCUGUAACGGGCCAGAUUACUGAUGUCCUUCCAGCCGAACAUCUUCAGAGGGUAGUUUAGUUAGAAUGAAUCGUAUUUGCGUGCAAAGCAGGAUGGACAGUUCCAGAUCUCAUUUUUAUGUUCCACCUGGAGAUUUACAGCACAACCAGACUGAGUACCAGGCGUCUCUUGGACUGACUUCUUGAACAACACUGAACCGAUAACAUUGUGGUGGCACCAGUUGGAUCUCUCUCUCUCUCUCUCUUUCUCUCUCUUUAAUAGAAAAGGAGCUAGAUCUACUAGUCAUCUAGACAGGUUUAUUGUUACAUAACACAGCCUGUAUUCCUCACCCUGAGACCAUAUCUUUGUAGUGAAACAAAAGCAAUGUAUUUUUUAGUGAAGAUGACCUGUCUGUAUUGGUGGGGGAAAGGGUGGCGGCGGCCUUCAGAACAAUGGGAGAUCCCUUUUGGGGGAAGCUGCUUUGGUGCUUUUGAAGGUUGGGGGCGGGACUAUGGCUUUGAUAAACAGGAGAGUUGUCAACAUAGGGUUGCACUGAUAUGGGAAUACACAAAGUGGGGUAGGGGAUGGGGGGCAGCAGCAUCAGGAAUCCGGAUAUUUGGGGCCCACUGAUGUUCGGAGAACAGGAACUCGCAUUACACAUCCGCACUAGGGAUUGCCAACUAGCAUCCAAGGGGUCUGAUUCAGCCCCACAGGCUUUUCAUUUCACUGGCGUUGCCACCUUCCCUCUGCUGUCUACACAGCUCGGCCCUGUUCUCCCGUGGGAUCCAAGACAUUAGCAAAGGACUUUUUACUGACGUGAAAUGUAGGACUUCUCGGAGUAGUUUCCUGGUGCACCUCAGCUGUUUGUUCCCCUGCACCAGCCAAGACACUGGCAGCUGAAGUGCAUAGGGCGAGAGAGCGCCAAAGACUCUCUUGCUGGGGAAGAAGUGACUGAAGAGGCCUUUGCUGGUGGGAAUGAGCAAGUGGCCAGAAUCCAACGUUGCUGGCCCUUCAGCUUUUUCUCAGCACAGCUGCAUUGGAAAUUCUGUGCCAAUCAGGGAUUUGUGCCUAUGAAGGGUCUCAACGUUUUAGAGGGAGAAAGGAGAAGCUCCCAAAGAUCUCUGCCUAAAAAUAUUUGAGGAGUUCUUGCCACCUGCGUGCUGCAAAAAAAACACCUCUCUACAGGCAAAACCACGAUGCCCAUGUUACUAGUCCAUCAGGGUCAUCCGAAUACCAAGUGCAGAUGAGAGACAAGUGCUAGGUUUGGGGAGUCAGUAGUGCCAGACUCAGGACAAGGUGAUGAUUUUUAAUUACGGCUAGUCUCUCUUCCUCUUUCUACCCUCACCUCCCUGAACAUCUCAUUUUGUCACUACAACUCAUAGACCGCUAUUGCUUUGUCCACGUCCCUUUACCCAUCUGGCUAAUAACUCUAAGCUAGCCUUCCCCAACCUAUCUGGUGCCCUCCAGAUAUGUUGGGAUGAUGACUCCCAUUGCCAUUGGCUAAACUGACUUAGGAUGAUGGGAGUUGUCCUACACAUCCGGAGGGCAUCAGGUUGGUGUUCAUCCAUGCAGUGUAUGAAGAUUUUACCACAGAGUGGAAAUUUCCGACUGGCCAGUUUCCCAGUGCUCUAAUGCUGCAGUUUAUAGAACAGGGUUUGUGCAGAAGAUGGAUCCCCAACGUUGGGGACUUCAAGUCCCAGAAUCCCCUGCCAGCAUCUCCAGUAAUCAGGAAUGCUGGGAAUUGGAGUCCAAAACAUCUGGAGAUUCAGCCCUCUUCCAUAGAGCAUAUCUGACCUUUCUUUGGCCUAGGAGGGGAUGUGAGUACUUUAUGUCAGACUUCUGCAAUCUGAUUCCCACCAAUGGCCAUGCUGGCUGGGAAUUAUGGGAGUUGUAGUCCAAGACACCUCGAAAGCAACAGACUGGGGAAGGUAUGAAGCUGUCAGCCAGGAAUUUAAUCUGGGGUGCAGAAUUCAGCAUUCUUAGCUUUUAUUUUUGAAGGGAAAAUAGCAUGCCUGCAGCUAAGCCUU